UCUACCCUGCUCGCCCCCCAGGCCGGGAGCCUCAUCCCCGCUCCCCCGGAAAGCUGGAUUUCCGAGGCUGGAGGCGCCUGGCCGAUUGGGUGGGGACCACCAUGGGGAACGCGGCCGGCAGCGCGGAGCAGCCCGCGGGCCCCGCCGCGCUGUCCCCCAAGCAGCCGGCGGCGCCCAAGCAGCCGAUGCCGGCGGCCCGGGAGCUGGAGGAGAGGUUCAACCGGGUUCUGAACUGCAUGAACUUGCCCCCAGACAAGGUGCAGCUGCUGAGCCAGUAUGACAAUGAGAAGAAAUGGGAGCUCAUUUGUGACCAGGAGCGAUUUCAAGUCAAGAACCCUCCCACAGCCUAUAUCCAGAAGCUGAAGAGCUACCUGGAAACUGGUGGGGUCAGCCGAAAGGUAGCAGCGGACUGGAUGUCUAACCUGGGGUUUAAGAGGCGAGUUCAGGAGUCUACACAGGUGCUGCGGGAGCUGGAGAUCUCUCUGAGGACAAACCACAUUGGGUGGGUGGAGGAGUUCCUCAAUGAGGAGAACCGCGGCCUGGAUGUGCUCCUCGAGUACCUGGCCUUUGCCCAGUGCUCCGUCACGUAUGACAUGGAGAGCACAGACAACGGGGUCCCCAGCUCAGAGAAGAGCAAGCCCUUGGAGCAAUCAGUGGAAGACCUCAGCAAGGGUCCACCCUCAGCCUUGCCUCCACAGCCUAAGAGUCGCCACCUGACCAUCAAGCUGACCCCAGCCCACAGCAGGAAGGCCCUGCGGAAUUCUCGCAUCGUUAGCCAGAAGGAUGACGUCCAUGUCUGUAUCAUGUGCUUGCGUGCCAUCAUGAACUACCAGUCUGGCUUCAGCCUUGUCAUGACCCACCCAGCCUGUGUCAAUGAGAUUGCUCUGAGCCUCAACAACAAGAACCCCAGAACCAAGGCUCUGGUGCUGGAGCUGCUGGCGGCUGUGUGCCUGGUGCGAGGAGGGCAUGACAUCAUCCUUGCGGCCUUCGACAACUUCAAGGAGGUGUGUGGGGAGCAGCACCGCUUUGAAAAGCUGAUGGAAUAUUUCCAGAAAGAGGACAGCAACAUUGACUUCAUGGUGGCCUGCAUGCAAUUCAUCAACAUCGUGGUCCACUCUGUGGAGAACAUGAACUUUCGUGUCUUCCUGCAAUAUGAGUUCACCCACCUGGGCUUGGACUUGUACUUGGAGAGGCUUCGGCUUACGGAGAGUGACAAGCUGCAGGUGCAGAUUCAGGCAUACUUGGACAAUGUGUUUGAUGUGGGUGCACUGCUGGAGGACACUGAGACCAAGAAUGCUGUGCUGGAGCACAUGGAAGAGCUGCAGGAGCAGGUGGCCCAGCUGACAGAAAAGCUUCGGGACGCGGAGAACGAAUCCAUGGCCAAGAUUGCCGAACUGGAAAAGCAGCUAAGCCAGGCUCGAAAGGAGUUGGAGACCCUACGGGAGCGCUUCAGCGAGUCGACCCCCAUGGGCGCCUCUAGGCGUCCCCCUGAACCUGAGAAAGUGCCUACCCCCGUCCCUGCGCGGCCUUCGGCCCUAGAGCUGAAGGUGGAGGAGCUGGAAGAGAAGGGGUUAAUCCGUAUCCUGCGGGGGCCCGGGGAUGCUGUCUCCAUCGAGAUCCUCCCUGUCGCUGUGGCAACUCCAAGCGGCAGUGACGCCCUGACUCCGGGAGUGCCCACCAGCUCACCCAGCCCAGGCUCAGAUCUCCCACCUGCAGGAGAGCCAGAGCUGGUUGCCGUAGCAGCAUCCCCACCGCCACCACCGACGCCGCCUCCACCGCCGCCCCCACUGCCUGGCCUCCCUACCCAGCAGGAAGCCACGCCUUCGGCGCCCCCACUGGCCUCACCCCUCCCUGGCAGUUCGGAGCCCCCGCCCCCGCCCCCGCCGCUGCCGGGAGACGUGCCGCCCCCACCCCCACCGCCACCACUGCCUUCUGGCGCAGACGGGCCAGUACCUCCGCCACCCCCGCCGCCUCCAGGAGGUCCCUCUGAUGCUCCAGAGAUGGGCCCAGGAGUGAAAACCAAGAAACCCAUACAGACCAAGUUCAGAAUGCCACUCUUAAACUGGGUGGCCCUGAAACCCAGCCAGAUCACGGGCACUGUCUUCACUGAGCUCAAUGAUGAGAAGGUGCUGCAGGAGCUAGACAUGAGUGACUUUGAGGAACAAUUCAAGACUAAGUCCCAAGGUCCCAGCCUAGACCUCAGUGCUCUCAAGUAUAAGGCAGCCCAGAAGGCCCCCAGCAAGGCCACCCUCAUCGAGGCCAACCGGGCCAAGAACCUAGCCAUCACCUUGCGCAAGGGCAACCUGGGGGCUGAUCGCAUCUGCCAGGCCAUCGAGACGUACGACCUACAGGCCCUUGGCCUGGACUUCCUGGAGUUGCUGACCCGCUUCCUGCCCACCGAGUAUGAGCGUAGCCUCAUUGCCCGCUUUGAGCGGGAGCAGCGACCCAUGGAGGAGCUGUCGGAGGAGGAUCGCUUCAUGCUUCGCUUCAGCCGCAUCCCGCGCCUGCAGGAGCGCAUGGCCACGCUCACCUUCCUGGGCAACUUUCCGGAGACUGUGCAGCUGCUCAUGCCGCAACUGAAUGCCAUAAUUGCAGCCUCAAUGUCCAUCAAGUCCUCUGACAAACUCCGCCAGAUCCUGGAGAUUGUCCUGGCCUUUGGCAACUACAUGAACAGCAGUAAGCGUGGAGCAGCCUAUGGCUUCCGGCUCCAGAGUCUGGAUGUGCUGCUGGAGAUGAAGUCCACUGAUCGCAAGCAGACGCUGCUGCACUACCUUGUGAAGGUCAUUGCUGAGAAGUACCCACAGCUCACAGGCUUCCACAGCGACCUGCACUUCCUGGACAAGGCAGGCUCAGUAUCCCUGGACAGUGUCCUGGGGGACGUGCGCUCCCUACAGCGAGGCCUGGAGUUGACCCAGAGAGAGUUUGUGCGGCAGGAUGACUGCACGGUGCUCAAAGAGUUCCUGAGGACCAACUCACCCACCAUGGAUAAGCUGUUGGCAGACAGCAAGACAGCUCAGGAAGCCUACGAGUCUGUGGUGGAGUACUUCGGAGAGAACCCCAAGACCACCUCCCCCUCCAUGUUCUUUUCCCUUUUCAGCCGCUUCAUCAAGGCCUACAAGAAAGCCGAGCAGGAGGUGGAACAGUGGAAGAAAGAAGCAGCAGCCCAGGAGGCAGGCGCUGACGCCCCAGGCAGAGGGGAAGUCCCAGCACCCAAGUCACCACCCAAGGCCCGGCGGCAGCAGAUGGACCUCAUCUCUGAGCUGAAGCGGAAGCAGCAGAAGGAGCCACUUAUCUAUGAGAGUGACCGUGAUGGGGCCAUUGAAGAUAUCAUCACAGAUCUGCGGAACCAGCCCUACAUCCGCGCAGACACAGGCCGUAGAAGUGCUCGCCGGCGCCCCCCAGGACCCCCCCUGCAGGUCACCUCGGACCUCUCGCUGUAACUGCUAUUUCAGCAGAUGGACUCAUGUGGGGGAUGUGGGGGGCAAGGAAGGUGGUCCUCAGCUCGGCUGGGCCGGGCAGCCCCCUCUGCGGCUGUGAUGAGCCCACCUCAAGUGGUAGGGCACGCGGGGGUGUGGGGGGGCAGCAUCACUGGUUCCUCCCCCAAAUGCUGCUUGCGGCACCCCUCUUCCCCUAAUAGCCAUACUUAGCCUCAGCGGGAGCCUGGCCUGUAACUUAUAAAGUGCAACCUCGCGUCCCACCCCCUGCUCCAGGAACUCUCCAAGGACCUUAUUUUUAUACAAGAUUAAUAAAGAUGUUUACAGAAA